UCGGCGCGCGCGGGAGGGCGGGGGGAGUUGGUCGCCCUGAGGCCGCCGCGGGGUGCGAGCAGGCGGCGUGCGCCGGGGGUCAUGGCGCUGCGGAGGGCGCUGAGCGCGGCGGGCGGCAGGUGGGCGCGGCGCCUGUGCUCCGCGGCGCGGGGCGACACCGUCUUCGCCGUGUCCUCGGGCCACGGCAAGUGCGGCGUGGCGGUGAUCCGGGCCAGCGGGCCGGGCUGCCGGGCCGCCCUGCAGAGCCUCACGGGGCGCCGCGAGCUGCCGCCAGCCCGCGUCCUGGCCCUGCGGCGCAUCCGCGACCCCGCCACCGCCGAGCCCUUGGACCGCGGCCUCGUCGCCUGGUUCCCCGGACCCGGGAGCUUCACGGGGGAGGACUGCUGCGAGCUGCACGUGCACGGCGGGCCGGCCGUGGUGAGCGGCGUGCUGCAGGCGCUGGGGCGGCUGCCCGGGCUGCGGCCGGCCGAGCCGGGCGAGUUUGCGCGGCGAGCCUUCCACCACGGCAAGCUGGACCUGACGGCGGCGGAGGGGCUGGCGGACCUCAUCCAGGCGGAGACGGAGGCGCAGCGGCGGCAGGCGCUGCGGCAGAUGGAGGGCGAGCUGGGGCGGCUCUACCAGCGCUGGAGCGAGACCCUCACCCAGGCGCUGGCCCACCUCGAAGCCUACAUCGACUUCAGCGAGGAUGACAACGUGGAGGAAGAGGUGCUGUCGCGAGUGGCGGCGACGGUGCGGGCGCUGGAGCGGGAGGUGGGCGCCCACCUGCGGGACGGGCGGCGGGGGGAGCUGCUCCGCGGCGGCGUGCGCGUGGUCAUCGCCGGCCCCCCCAACGUGGGCAAGAGCAGCCUGCUCAACCUGCUGGCGCGGCGGCCGGCGGCCAUCGUGUCCCCCGUGGCCGGGACCACGCGGGACGUGGUGGAGCUGGCCCUGGACGUCGGCGGCUACCCCGCGGUGCUGAGCGACACGGCGGGGCUGCGCGCCACUGCCGACCCCGUGGAGCGGGAGGGCGUGAGCCGGGCGCGGGAGAGGCUGCAGCACGCCGACCUGGUGCUGGCGGUGCUGGACGCCAGCGCGGUGCCGGCGGAGCCGGGGGGGCUCGCCGCCGCCCUGGGGGCCGUGCUGCCCCCCGCCACGGACCCCCCCAAGCCCUGCGUGCUGGUGCUGAACAAGGCGGACCUGCUGCGGGGCGGCGGGGGGGCCCUGCGGGCCGCCUGCGCCCGGGGGGGGCUGCCCCCCGCCGCCCUGCUCUCCUGCACCACGGGCGCCGGGCUGGCCGGGCUGCUGGAGCUGCUGCGGCGGCAGCUGGAGCGGCUGUGCGGCGACCCUCGGGCCGGCGGGCCCAGCCUGACGCAGAGCCGCCACGGCCACCACCUGCGCGCCUGCCUGGGGGCCCUGCGCCGCUGCCGCCCCGCCGCCCCCGCCGCCGACCUGGCGCUGGCCGCCGAGGAGCUGCGGCAGGCGCGCCGGCACCUGGGCCGCAUCACGGGCCACGUGGGCGCCGAGGACGUCCUCGACGUCAUCUUCAGGGACUUCUGCGUGGGCAAGUGAGGGGCGCCGCGUCCCCCCCCCCCCCCCCCCCCGCCUCUCCAUUAAACCGUGGUGCCUUCA